AUGAUUGUCAAUUUAACUGGAGCAUCAUGUAAAAGGAGAGAUCAAUUAAGACAAAUAGAACAUGCUAAGAUUGUUACACUUUUAGACAGUGGAGAUAUUAUUAGUGGAAAAGGCAAAAAUCAAGAAACUAGUUUAGCAAGACCAGGGGAUACUCGUUGGGGAUCACACUAUCUAACAUUACUUCGUCUAUCCUCUAUGUGGGCUUCGGUGAUUGGAAUAUUGGGAAAUAUACAAGAUGAUGCCACCACUUCUGACAAUAGAGGUAUGGCCAGGGGUUUGAUUGAUAGAAUGAAUGAUUAUGAGUUUGUUUUUGCAUUGCACCUGAUGAAGUAUUUAUUGGGAAUCACAAAUGACUUGUCACUUGUUUUGCAACAAAGGGAUCAAAAUAUUGUCCAAGCCAUGAGUUUGAUUGAUACUAUGAAAUCUCAAUUGCAAGACUUUAGGGAAGAGGGAUGGCAAAUAAUUUUAGAUGAAGUCAAUAAUUUUUGUGAGUUGAAUAUGAUUCCCGUGAUUGAUAUGGAAGACAGUAUAGCAAUCCGUGGCAAUGCCAGGCGCAGUCGCAGAGGUCAAACCAUCACUAAUUUUCAUCAUUAUCGCGUGGGAAUUUUUUGUGAGGUUGUUGAUUUAAUUAUACAAGAGAUGAAUAAUCGUUUCUCGGAAGUUAGCACGGAAUUGCUUAGUUACAUAGCAUGUCUUGAUCCAAAAAGUUCUUUCUCUCAAUUCAAUGUGCAGAAACUACUCCGUCUUGCUGAUUUAUAUCCUGAAGACUUCUCAAGUAACGAUUAUUUAUAUCUUGAGUCUCAACUUCGAAAUUAUAUUUAUAAUGUGCAACGCGAUCCUCAAUUUUCAGAAGUUGGAGAUUUGGGAAGUCUUGCUCAACAAAUGGUUAAAACUGGUAAAAAUACAGUUUUUCCAUUGGUUUAUCGUCUGAUCCAGUUGGCAUUAGUUCUACCAGUUGCGACUGCUUCUGUUGAAAGAGUAUUUUCUGCAAUGAAUAUUGUCAAGACUGAUUUGCGCAACAAAAUGGGAGACGAGUGGAUGAAUGACUGUCUGGUUGUAUACAUCGAGAAGGAUAUUUUUGCAACAAUUGAAAAUGAGCAAAUAUUGCAGCGUUUUCAACGGAUGAAGACUCGCAGAAUGCAAUUGCCUCCUCUUCGUUAUUCGAGUGCAACAACUACCAAUACUUCAAGUGUUAAUCAAUAA